CAUCGUCAUCACUACCUUUACUUUGAUUCGUGUCUUUCUUCACCUGAAAGCGCGUUUCAUAUGUGCUUCCCACUCACGUUGUCGUCCCUGUGGAUCGUCGCUAUAGCAGGAGGUGACCUUCGAUGACACUAUGCUUCACAUAUGGUCAUCCACUCGGGGAGGCAGCUCAAGCACACCUGUCGGCCACCAACGGAAGCGUCAUGUCCAGAGUGCUGAAGAACGAUGCCAGCGGCCUUUCGAAAUGGCAUCCCAUGCGUUCUAUUGUCGCAACUAAGCAUAGCGGGCUGGCCACUGUCGUGAAUCUCGCAACCUGUGGCGCGCCGAACAAGACCACUUCAAGAAUAUAUUGUCGAAAACGCCCCAUUUGCGAUUAUCAUGUCCAGACCCUGAAGGACGACCACGACCUCAGCGUCAGCGGCGUUCUUGAUGCGUCACCCUGGACGUUCUGUUGUCGCAAUGAAGUAUAGCGGGCUGGCGUUUACUGUGAAACGCGCGACGUGUGGCGCGCCGAACAAGACCUUUACUAGAAUAAAUCGUCAAAAACACGUCGUUUGCAAUUGUUCACGACUUUCCU